CCUAGGCACUGGGUGGGCGGAGCUAGCCCGGCUGCAGGGCCGGGGGACGCUGAGGGAGUCUCGCCUUCGCCUCCCGUGGCCCUCGGGGCGCCGCCGCCGCGGCCAUGGCCCAUUACCUGGGCCCGGCUGGGGACCUCCUGCGGGAGCGCGAGGUCAUGUCGCCUGUGGAUUUACACGCCGAAAGGGAGAAAAUCCGGCGGGAAAUCGAGGAGCUAGAAAAGAGCUUGGACCCCAGUAUCCCGAGCAUCGAAGUCCUUGUGUCGGAUUCCAGCCUGGACUCGGAUUCCGACGUGGAUGAUCUUGACAAUGAUGAUUCAGAUCCCCAUACUGAAAUGGAAGUAGAGAAAGAAGGGGGCAGUAGUGAUGACGACAACAUUGAUGAUAACCUCCCAGCGGACCCAGAAACGUGUUUACAGAUGAAUCUGGUGUAUCAGGAAGUUAUUCAGGAAAAGAUAGAGGAAGUCAACCUUCUGAUCGCACAAAACAAAGAACAGCAGAAAGAAAUUAUGUAUGAGGUUGGUGGUCCAAAGAUGGCGAAGGCAGGAGAUAGUAAACUUCUACCGUUGAAUAUAUUCUUGGGCCAUUUUAUGAAGCCGUACUUCAAGGAUAAGGUAUCGGGAAUUGGUCCUCCUGCCAAUGAAGAUACCCGAGAAAAGACAGCACAAGGCAUAAAAUCCUUUGAGGAGCUGCUUAUAAAAAAGUGGAAAAGCAGAGAGAAGAGCCUGCUGAACAAAUCUGUAAUAAGUGACCGUUUGCAGCGUCUGCUUCAGCCAAAGUUACUGAAGCUCAACUAUUUGAAUCAGAAACUGGAAAAAGCCAAGAAUGAAAUGGAAAAGAAGAUUUUGGAAAAGCAAGUCAAAGAAGCAGAGCGUGAAAUAGAAGAGAUCAACCAUCUGCCAGAGGAAGCCUUAUUAGGAAACAGACUGGAUGAGCACGACUGGGAGAAGAUUUCCAACGUCAGUUUUGAUGGAAGUCGCAACGCAGAAGAGCUGAGGAAAUUCUGGCAGAACUGGGAGCAUCCGACCAUCAACAAGAGGGAGUGGAAUGAAGAGGAGAUAGAGAAUUUAAAGGAAAUAGCUGCGAAACAUAAUUGUCUGGACUGGCAAACUAUAGCCCAGGAGCUUGGGACAAAUCGAAGUGCAUUCCAAUGCCUGCAGAAGUUUCAAGCCUACAACAAAGACUUCAAGAGGAAAGAAUGGACAAAGGAAGAGGACCAGAUGCUCCUACAGCUUGUUCAAGAAAUGAGAGUAGGAAGCCACAUACCUUACAAGAAAAUUGCUUACUACAUGGAAGGAAGAGAUUCUAUGCAGUUACUUUACCGAUGGACAAAGAGAGUGGAUCCCAACCUAAAGAAAGGAUUCUGGACGCCAGAGGAAGAUGCUAAGUUGUUGGCAGCAGUUGCUAAGUAUGGAGAACGUGACUGGUAUAAAAUUCGGACAGAGGUACCAGGAAGGAGUGAUGCUCAAUGCAGAGACAGGUAUUUAAAUGCAUUACACCACGAUGUAAAAAAAGGCAGGUGGAGCUUAGAGGAAAAAGAAAAGUUAAUUGAACUGGUCGAUAAACAUGGUGUGGGUCACUGGACUAAAAUAGCUUCUGAAUUACCACACAGAACCGGCUCCCAGUGUCUAAGCAAAUGGAAAGCCUUGAUUGGUGCUAAGAAAAAGUCUAGGCCGAGGAAACGCCUUCAGAAACGCAGGCGAGCGCGGAGACGCAGUUCCACCUCUUCAGAGAGCAGCAGCGAGGAUUCAGAGCCGGAGCUAAUGAAUAGCUCUGAGGGAGAAAUAGACUCCCCCUCAGGAUUCAGGGAUACAGUGCCUGGACUCGACCUGUGGAUCCCGACAAGGACAGAUCCGGCCAACUGCAGGAAAGCCAAACACUUGAUUUCCUCUCUCUACUGUUCCACAAGUGCUUAUGUAAAGGGACGCUUAAAACGAGUUUCAGCUACGUCUGCUGGAGGAGGCAGGGCCAGAAUCCCAACUGAUUCAGCAGGGUUAAGUACCAUACUGAAAGGUAUUAGGUAUUCACCUUCUACUGACCUCAAUUUGAAGGAUCCAGAAGAACUGGUAAAGCAGGCUUCCAUAAGAGGAGAGCAAGUGUUAAAAGUUACCCUGGAAGAUGUGAGGAGAGUGCUAAGAAGAAAUACCUGUUCUCAGAGGAAAUGCCAAGACUGGCUACGGAAGCCUUAUGUCCCCUCUUCAGCAGUGGCUUCUGGAGUGACACCGGGCACGUCAGACGACCAGGUGCUGCAGGGAUUACAGAACACUAAGGAGAAAAAGUACCGUCGCCAGAGAGAGCAAUUUCACAGAAAGAAUCUGGAGAGGAGGCUCCUGAUGGCAGUGACUCCGUGGGUCGGCAAUGUCCUACUGCCUUGCACCUUUAGAGCUGAGAGGAUGGCGUCCCAUCAGACAAAAGCUCUUGUUAUUCAAGAACAGCUUCAGACAGUCACACUGGACAGCACUCCAGUGUUCACGCUCUUCAUUCAGCUCUUCCAGAUUGACACUAGUGGCUGCAUGAAGGUUAUUCGUGAGAGGAAGAUGAGGCAGUCAGACCUCAUCAGGUCCAUGGCUGGGAAUACAAGGCGACUUCAGAAGCCCUCCUGCAGUUCCAAGAACUCUUCAGGCUUGUCAGCACAGCCCCGCUCCCGGAAGGUCCCAGCAAAGGGAAGAGCCAGGAGACCCAUCGCCUUAAAAGCAAAGGAGAAACCUGGAGCUGUGUCAGCAGAUGGCCCUACUCUUCCCACUCCCAGGCAAAAGCCUAAAACUGUCUCAGAAUUACUGAGGGAGAAGAGGCUGCGGGAGUCCCGGGCUAAGAAAACUUUGCAGAAAACAGUGAUUCUUGCCCCCCAGGUGUUGGUUUCACCCUCUGUGAUAAUCCAACACCCUGUGCAGCAGGUAGUUCCUGUCCCACAAGGAGGAAGUGAGCCUCAGACAGCUGGAUUGGCAGGUAGCAGGAAUGCUCAGGCAGCAUGUGUACCUGUGUCAUUACCUCCAUUUACUCCUGUGAUGGCUUCUGUCUCCUCUCCCAAACCUGUCGGAAGCCAUUCAUCUCCAGCCCCAGAAUUUGCAGAGAGCAGUUGCUCCUCCGAGAGGAGAGCAAAAUCCGAGAGAGAGCUCAAUGAGGCAGCUUUGGGAGAUGUGUCCAAAGGUGAGGCUUCUCAGGACAGACCCAUGGGUGCAGGGGAGAACGGCCUAUCCCAGGGGUGCAAGAAAGCUCAAGCAUUCAGUGCCAGCUCAGCACCUGUAGCCUUGCAAAACCAUGCCUUUGUGCCACAGCGGAUUGCAUUGGUGCCAUCUUCAGCCAUUUCUCUGAACCCUGCCUCCAUGAAGUCAGGCCCCCAGGAAACCUCUCCCUCCCCAUCCACGACUUGUGCCCCAGCACUGAUCAGGUCACAGCAAAAUGCAGUCAAUCUAUUGCCUGCUAUCCUAGCUCCCCAGGGAAGGUCUCACGUGGUUCCCAAGAACAUCAUGCCCAUUACUUGGGUGGUAACGCAACAGGGUUUGAUCCCCACCUCGGUACAAGCAUUGGUGAGUGUUCAGAGCCAAGGGAAGCAGCCUGCAGCUGGGAUCAUAGGCAGUGCUGCCAAAAAUCAGAGUCAGACUGGAGAGACCUCUGCCCCAAGAGUGCCGCAGAUGCCACCUGAAGCAAGUCACCCUCCCAUCGGGUGCACGAGUACACAAGUGCUGAGCCCACAGUUAGUGGAAGGGGCACCCUCAGGGAAGACGGUUUGCUUAAAUCCUUCCACUCAUUCCUCAUCCGUAACCUGUUUGGAUCCUGGGCACAACUCACCCAGCGUGACUCCUCCAGCUCCUGCAUCUUUAAACAGUCUCUCGAGGAUAUCUGACUCCUCUGGAGAGAGGAGUGCAACUCCAGCAAGCCUUCCAGGUAAAGGAGCAGCUCUGCACCCCAGCCCUGUGGUGUUGCCCCAAGCGAAGCCUCCUGCAAGCACUCAAUGGACUGACCUGCUCUGCUCACCAAGUCUCCCUGCCCCGAGCGAGAGCACUAACUGCAGUAUCCUCACCGGAACCGCCUCCAAUCCAAACAUCCUGCUGGAAGGGAGCCUGGUGCAAAGGCCGGAUCAGCUUCUGGCCUGUAACAACAUAGUAGAGAACUCAGACGCUCCUGGUGCACGGGUAACCAGGAACAGGCCAAUCUUCCCAAAGCCACAGAGCACCCCAAAAGUGGACAACUCCCCUGGGCUGCCCAUGCCCAGUGCCGAAAAGAACCUCCUGGAUGUCAGCCUUCUCUCCCUUGAGGAUGAGGCUUCGGUGAAGGAGUGGCUGAGAGGGACGCGAGGCAUCCCGGUGCCCCCAUUGGAAACCAGCUUGGCUUACUUGCCACCUUUCUUGUGCAACUUGAAAACGCUCUCCAGGCUGCUUCUGCAGAAGAAGACACUGGAGCAGCGUGUGUCGUGCCUCGGGACCUCUGAAGAGCACGACGAUGGGGGCGCUGGGGCUGAUCUGCCAGCUGUCAGAGCGCUGGUGUGGCAGAAACUCAGCGAUAACCCUGCCUAUCUCCUGCUGAAAGCCAGGUUUUUAGCAGCAUUUACUCUCCCAGCCGUCCUAGCAACUCUGCCUCCUCCCUCUGUGACUACGACUCUCUCCAGCAGCUGGCAGCAGAGUUCAGAGAGUGACAAAGAGGAGUCCUCUGACAAGGAACUGAUGGAGGUAGAAAGCUGUGGGAAAGGACCAGCGGAAGUACCCUUGGAUAGCAAAGCUGGCAUUGUCCCUGGGAGUGGGGAUGCUGACAUCACUGAUCAGGAUGCUGGAGGUGAAGCACCUGCUGAGCAGUCGGUCUCAGGCUCCGGCGCUGAUGUGGGUGAGACCAGAGUUCUGCGAACGAGGAGAAGUACUCGCUUCAGGAAGAGGAGGAAGCGGAUGUGAGAGAAGCAUGUGGAGAAAUGUGAGUCUCUGAAUGAAGCUUGCUUUCAGAUGUGGCAAUAGCAGCUAUUCCUUGCACUACUGACCAGUGAUGCUUCAGAUAAACUGACUCUGCAGUUCUGGGGAAGAGGAAAAUGGUUGCACUGUUUUUCCCAUCACUUAGCCAAGUCUGUUUAUUACUACAGUUCUCGUUUAAAACCACUAAUUGGGAAAGUUAGAGACGGAAGUCUUUUUUUUUUUUUUUUCUUGACACACUGAUUCUGUUCUAACACUCUUACAAUCUGGCAGCAGCAUGGACAAAGGUGGGAGAAGGCUAUUGGAAACAGGCAUUAAAAAUGAAUGCUUGCUUGUUUUCUGUGUUGGAGCCUAUUUAUAUAAAUGUCUGUCCCCAGUUCAGAACAUGAGUCUGUGGUUUUUUUAAUGCUGUGGCAGUGCUUGUGGUUGACAGUUAACUGGUUCUGAAGUGACAAUACUGUUGAAUCAUCAGUGGAUUUAUUUUGUAUCUGAAUGAUUCUGACUGUUUAAACAUAAAUGUUAUAUUUUUUCUCAUUUAAAAAGAUUUAGGCAUGUUAUUUCUGGCCCCACAAACAGGAGAGGUUUCAUUUGAAUGUGCUUUCCUGUAAGUGUUUAGUCUUUGACAACAAGAAAGGUGAUGUUUGUUUCCUCACAUAGAACCCAAGAGGGAGUGGGAAUUAGCUGAUCUUAUGGUUAAGGCACA